GCUCGAUCCGGAGACGAGCGCACUAACCAUGAGGCCACCGCGCCUCUCUUGUAAUUGGUAAACUGGGUCGUUAAAUGUUAUUUUAGACGCUACCUUCCCAGCGAGAAGUCUGGCUGUUUCUACUGGGAAGUUGUGUAUUAACGACUAGAUCUAUAAGCUAGGGCUGUUGUUAUCAAAUCCUUUAUUAAAGGGAACUUUUAGUGAUAGUUUUCUUUGCUCUGCCUCUUGUAAGCUGUUUGAUACCUUCUUUUAAAUCAUCUACCUUUUUCGCUCUUAAUUAGCAAUGACGGCAAAUUGGUUUACGUACAGAUAGUUUCCUCAAACUGGAACGUUCUUGUUUUCCCCUUUUGUGUUAAUUUUCAAAGCUACUUUAUACGGCGGAGUUUGAAAGAUUAGGGUCUGAUUGUUUUAGAUUAUUUUUUUCUUGGUAAUUAUGUAACGGAAAUUUGCUCAGUCGGUUACGCAAUGACUCAUUAGUUGAUUACCAAUUGCAAUUAGUACUUGUAGUUUCUUACUACAAUAUGUCAACCAAUUAGCCUGUGAUGGUAACCGCCUUAUUCACCCAAAGCAGUACGUCGGAAGCGAUAGAAACGAGCCAUGAAUCAGUAUUUCGAGUUCCUCUCUGUUUAAUCUGACCCAUAAUGCAACCUUUAUGGGUAUUUUGCCAGUAUUACGCUUACAGAUGGCUAUUAUAAAUGCAGUAAACUCGUUACCAACGAACUGAAAACAAAUAUAAUGAUUCAAGAAACAGACUUGUUUUGACAAUAAAUCCAUGUCAGCUCAGAGUGAUGGUUCUCUUUUGCUUCCUUGUGAUUUCGCUGGUUUAGAAUGAGUUUCACGAUAUGCAUACCUUGCACGUGCUCCUGGUACUUUAUUCAACUUCCAUCAGUCUACGCCACGAGUCAUUGUUUGAAACAAGCUAUUCCAGUGGAUCAUGUCAAUUUGGUAAGCUUCAUUUUAAUACGUGUAGGUUGGCAUGCCAGACGUACCACUGAAAACCUUUUGUCAAAUUAUAAAACUGAACGUUUCCGGGCAUCAAAGUGUCUUGAUGUCUUUGAUGUGCGUCACUCAGAAGAAGUGGUGGUAUUAAGUUUCGUAAUUACUAAUAAAUUAAUUAGUUUGGAUCCUUUCUUUAUGAUGGUAAUGCUGAAUCGCUGUCCUUUCUUUUUGAGAUUGACAGUGCUACGUGACAAUUAUUGAAUACAGCGUUUUGACUCCAAAAGGGUGGACAAUACGGUCUAAGAUGGCCGUAUGGCUUUAUGGGGUCACCGAGAUAGGACCUUGCCAAAUUGAAUUUCAUUCAUGUUUUCUUUUUCAUCUUGACAAUCAAAUAUUCACAAUGCUAAUCCACAUUUGUGAAAUUUGGCGCCCCAUAUGUUCUUUGUUUAUCAACAAUCCCGACUCAGCUUUUUAAAUAGCUAUUAAAAUGAUACGAUCUGACAUCUCCAAGGGUUUCUUAAUACGAUCCAACUUGAGAUUUCAGCACUAGGUUCUUCAAAGUUGAAUCCCUGCUGAAGUUGAAAGGCAAAAAUAUGCCUCUGACGCCUUGUAAUCAGGAAAGAAAUCUAACCUGUUUCCUUUAAUGGACGUUUAUUUGUUAUGUAAGUAAACUCAGAGGUCGCAUUACAACACACAAAAAGCCAUAAUUUCUCUAAAAGGUAGAGAGCUAAAAGGGUCCCGUCAAAGCAGAUGUCAAAACGGAUGAGUCCAAGUUGGUCCAAGGAUGAAAUAUACAAACCUAAUAGUAAUUCUCUUGAAAACAAGUCAUUGGGACAUCUGAUCAGGCGUGGAUCAUCAUAAGUACUACUCGAGCAAAGCAGACUAAUUUUCGUCUGGAAAAUGGAUAGCUCUCUGGCACCAAACCAGUCCGAGGUUACAGAAGGGCCAACUGAAAUGGUCUACAUCGUGGAACCACUGGCUCUUCGAAUUUUUCGCCUAACGUUGUACGUGAUUAUAUUCCUGCUGGCGACUUUUGGAAACGCUCUCGUUAUCUUUGUGGUAUACAAAACACGAGAACUGCAUACAGUAACGGGGUUUCUGAUUGCAAAUCUGGCCGUUGCCGACCUUGGAGUUGGAAUGCUCUGUAUUCCGUUUACUGUUGUUUACUUUGAGCUCAACUUCAACUGGCCGUUUGGCGCAGUGAUGUGCAAACUCCUUCCCGCACUCAUGUCUUGUUUUGUCAUGGGAUCAGUAGGAACCAUGUUGGCCAUUUCAAUAGAUCGUCAUCAGUCCAUUGUGCAUCCAUUCGGCAUGCGCAUUUCAAGGUACCAAGGCAAGCUCAUCAUGUUGCUGAUAUGGCUAACUGCUCUUCUGCCAGCAUUCCCACUGCUAGGAGUCAUGGCAAUCAUCCCCAAGCCAACGGGUGGUGUGGCAUGUUUGGAAGUUUGGCCACAAACUACGGGAAUGCCGUACUCAAAAAUAUACUUGUUGUGCACUUUCGCGUUGACAUACACCAUCCCUCUUCCAAUAAUGAUAUUCAUCUACAUAAAAAUCGGCAUAAAACUUCGUCAAGCUAUCAAGGAGGCAGCUGAUAGGCCGGGCUUUACUCAGGCCCAAGCUACAAAGCGGAUUAUCAAAAUGUUGGCAGCCGUGGUUGUGUGCUAUGCGUUGUGUUUCCUUCCAUUUCACACUUUGUAUUUCAUGAUGGACUUCGGAGGAUAUAAAUCCACGUACAUGUACAUGUUACAGUCUUAUUUCCAAGUCCUUAUGUACGGUAACAGUGCAACCAACCCAGUUCUGUAUGCGUUCCUUGGUGACCAGUUCAAGAGAGGUUUUAAAAGAGCCAUUCGCGGUGGGAGCCAGAGUGGAUUCUCUCCUCAACGAACUUUGAGCUCUCGUAUGAGUUCUUUCCGGUGAAACGGAACAGUACACCAGUUCAGUUUUGAAAGAAAUGUAUGGAAAGCUUCAUUUCAGUGCCUCGUUUCAAAGAAAAUGUGACUUUCCGAAGACAAUAAAAAAGGCAGUCUUCCAGACAAUGAGUUUUCAGACAGUAUUUUCCUUCAUUGUUGAAACGAACAUUUCCACACAGUUAUUGCGAGAACUGAAUUUAAAAAAAUAAAUAAAAUAUUGCAUGGAUCAUAUCUUUGGGAACUUUCAGUGAUGUAACAUGUAAAGAGACAUGCCAAACCCAUGACAUUAUUAUACGAAAGAGUAUGACCACUCCAUGUGAACUUGUUUCAAAGGCACUCGAUUAGCAAACGUCACGGUUAGGAUGUCUGGGUGCUUUAGUGUAGAAAGUGGUAAUCCGCAGUAAAGUUGUAGGCCUGACCAAUGUACAUUUUCUACAUCCAAUUAACCAUUCUGAUUGAUAAAAUUUCGCGUUAAUCAACUUAAAAAAAAAAGCCUAAAACGGUAAUUAUAUAAACUGGUAUGUGUACUGGAGCAAGCGGGUUGCUUUAACAUGUUCAACAUGCACAUCGGGUUUGGCUAUGAGUUGACAGCAAACUGUAAUACAAUUGCAAAGUUUACGAUUGUGUUUAAAAUAUCUGACCAGUUUGGUUGAAGCCUGUGACGCCUCUAUGUUAAGGACUCUAUUUUUUAGAUAACUUAUCAUUGAGUUUUGAACAGUCACAAUAUUACAAAUGAAGAUACAACAACUUUACACUUCACCUACUACAUUAUGGUAAUAGGACUAAUAGCAGUUUAAAUGCAGUUGAUUUGUUAACUGGGAUUAUCAUGAUUGAUAUAUUAUAUAAAAAAUAUAUAUAAAGUGAAAUAUUUCGUUUGCAUUUGCUUAUCAAUUAACAAAGUAUUGACAAAGAUUAUUGGAAGAAUGUAUUAAAGCUCUGUUUUCAAUGAUUUUCGAAAUGAGUGUGCCCAGCUAGUCCCGCAGUAAUGCAUUUGCUUACAUUUGAAGCUCCACUAUCUGCGCAACCUUUCCCCCUUAAUAAUAAUAAGCCAUUAUUAUUAGUUUGACAAACUAGAACCUUAACCAAGAAUCCAGCUGAAAAAGACUGCAGUGUUCCUCUUUUUGACCACACAGUGUGCUCUGAGGGUGGCGUGGGUAACGGAAUCUCAGCUAUG